GCCGCGCCGUUUUCCGUAGAGCAGGUUAGAACGCCGGCGAGAGAUGAACUCACCGGAAAGGUCUUCGGGCCCGGAUUCGCCCUCUUUCCUUCCCAACGACUGUUUUAUAAGAAACAGGGGCGAAAGGGCUUCGCUCAACUUUGUCGAGGAAUGCAACAGUUAUACGUUUAUGAAGAAGAGGAAGAGCGACAUCAAGAAGUUCUCCUUUUACAACGCCAUCGUGAUUGGCACGGUCGUCGCUUUCGACUUUUUUAAAAUGUGCGGUGAUGGUCACAUCACCGAGUGGGCCAAGACAGUUGUCCUUGUCAUCUGCAUCUGCAACCUGCUCCAUUUCAUGUUCACCUACUUAAAACUGGCCAGGGCUUCGCAGGAGCAGAGGGUGAAAAUCAAGAACCACUUCUGCGCCAACACAAGCCCAAAGCAAGAAGACGAAGGUCCGGUGGAAAUGAACAAUUUGGCAACGCCUUCGCCCCAGACUGAUGUUUCAAAAACACCACCACACAAUAACAUGACAGGUGAAUUCUCCAGUUUUGAAACGCCGACGAACCAUACCCUCACGAAAUACAAGAACAAAAUGUUCUCCCAGGCUAAUGACUUGGUGAAAUACCUCUGCGAUUAUAAACAGGCAAUGAAAGACGAGCUAGUCCUGUUGAGUCGCGACAGCUCGAUGCCUUCUGGCCCGUUUGAUUUUUGGUCGCCAGAGAACCGUAAAGACACGAGCCCAAACUCGCUCGACGUCUCGCCUCUACUUCGUACGCUCCAGUACCAGACGGCUUGUAAAAAGAUGUUGAACACGAGCGCCUUCUGGGGAGGGCAAGAUUCGCCCGACGGCUGGAGUCAACCGAACGUCAAAUGGAUCUGCAACUUAAGAUCGUGGCUUUCGGAGAUGGUACUUAAGAGGCUGGUCGAGGAGAUCGAGACGGUUAACAGGGGCCUUCAAAAGGAAGGCAUGGGGUCGUACCUCGUCGGCACUGUCGGUCUCGAUGCUCUCGUCAACACAGCCAACAACCAUGUCAUAGUGCAGAAAAUACCCAAUAUCAGUUUCCUGGUACCGUUUUUAGAAAUAUCUACUAACCAACAAUACGUCGUACAAAGGAUACGAGAUCUCGCUAAAGGAAGCUCAAUGAAUUGCUUCAACUGGAGGUCAGGCGGUAAUUACGAGGACAAACUCUGGGAGUCACACCUACUGACAGAUGCUGAGCUCGUGAUGCAUCUUUUCAUGACAUACCUCGACUCACGUCUCCCUCUGUUGGCUGAACGACCGUCGGCGAAGCCAUUCUCAUCGCAGUAUUUCGCCCGUAGCCCCAAUUCACCAAAGAAAACCAACCUCGCCAUCGUUCAGGACAACGUAUCACCGCCGCAUUAUCAGCUGAUGAUAAACAACAGCCUCAGGGAUAUACCGCAUGGUAGGAACAAUCUUUUCUGGACUCUAGUCCAGUUUUUGUGCUGCGUCAAGAAAUACGAGCACGGCAGCCUCGGAAACAUUAACUGGGGACGAGGUGGGCUCAAUAUGCUGUCAAUAAUCGAAAACACAGAUAUUUAAAACAUAAAGAAAAGACUUUUAAAUAUGUAUUUAAAACGAAAAACAAAUGGAAGUAUUUAUUAUAUUUUUUUAAUGGAUUUGAGACUUUUUUUAUAUGACAAAUUAGUUUUGAAAAAAAAAAUUGCUAUUUUAUGAUUAAGUUGGCAACCAUGUUGUGAAAUAGUUGGCAGCCCUGACUAGGUUUGCAAAUGUCUAGGUUAGGUCAGUGUAAAGACAACAGUGAAUAAAGCACAAAUUAUUGUAAAA